AUGUGGGCACAAUGGCUAGGCCUCGUCGUAGGAAGUGUGCCUCUCGCCGUGCAGGGACUGGCUGGCUCGUCCAACAUGCCGACGAUUGACUACAUACCCAAUGACAUUUCGUCGAACUGUUCGACAUUGUUGACGCAGCUGGACGAGGACAACCUGUUCCAGCAGUGUACAGAGCCACUUAUCAAUGCGACGAAUGCAUUUGCUGUCGAGUCGACGACGGUGAACUCGUCAGAUGCGCUGCAAUCGUCGCUGAGAAAGCUGUGUGACUCUGGCACGGGGUGUGACCGCUCGCUCGUGAGGCAUUUCCUCGGCCAGUUCUGGGACCAGUGCUCGGACGAGCUGGAAAAGCCGAACGAUCAGGUACUCAAGUUGUAUAAUUAUCUGUACAUUUUCAAUCCCUUCCACGAUGCCGUGUGCUCAAAGGACCACACAGGCCAGUAUUGUCUCUCGUCUAUAGUCAGGACGAUGGCACAACAGGAAGACUCACAGCUUUCGCGCAUGUAUCGGCGCAGUGUUCCUGACGAUAUCGUUGCUGACGUGUACAGCGACGAGUAUUGGGAACGUGUGCUGGAGAGUAUUCCACGCAGCCGCAAUGUGUCUUUUGCCAAGACACCCAGCAACUCGAGCACAAAUACAACUCAGUUGCCAGAAGUCAAGCCACAGCAGGCAUUUUUCUUUCUCUCUGGGUCAUCGGAUAAGUCGUCUCUCUGUACGGAAUGCUCUCAGAACGUGCUGGCCGCGUACAUUGCGUUUGAGCUGACGUCGCCGUAUGCGCUUGGCCUGGAAAAUUCUGACGUGCUCAAGUCGCAACAUGAAAUCUAUGAUCACGCUCGCUCGCUGUGUGGUACAGAGUUCCUCCAGACAGUGAAUCAAAAAGCUGGUGUUCAGGGAUUUUCCGGCCCAGCGUCAUCGGCGACGGUGUCGUCGGUACGGCGGCCGCUUGAUCCGAGCUGGCUAUGCGCGUUGAUCGUGCUAGGGACAACUGUCUUGUGGUAUGCUAUGUAG